AUGACAGCCCGCGGCCAGCAGUGGGCACUGUUCGCGGGGGCGCUAUGGUUGUGUCAGCAGCAGCAGCAGCGGCGGCAGCAGUAUCAGCAGUGGCAGACGCAGUGCUCUCACUCAGAUCAGGACCUAAUCCGCUCCGUGUCUCACUCUGCCAUGGGAGAGCCAUGUCUGUCCGCGCCGCAGCCCGCGCAUAACGCACAAGUCUCGGAAAGUAGUAGCUUCCACCACCGCCGACAGCAGCAGCAGCAGCAGCCGUGUUUGGAGCUUUCUCACCCGGACGAAACCACGGCGUCCAGCCUCAGGACAAGCUCCGAGGUGGGGGAAUCCGGCCGGACACAUCGUUUCUGGCCUCCCCUUCCCGAGAGCUCACUGGAGAAAAUGAAGCGAUUCAAGCGGCACAUUUCUCAGAGGCUACGAGGGAGCCACACCAUCGACGAUUCCUUGUCCGAACUCGCUGAGCAGAUGACCAUAGAGGAGAACGGACUCAAGGACAGCGAGCCCAUAGUGAGGAACGGUCGCCCGCCCUCGGCCCACAGCGUGCACUCCUUCCUGCACCAGUACACGGGGUCCUUUAAGAAGCCUCCUCUGCGGCGGCCUCAGAGCGUCAUGGGGGGCGGCCUGGGCUCGCUCAUGGUCAUGCCUCGAAACGGCAGCCGCCUCGAUAUCGUCCAUGAAAAUUUUAAAAUGGGGUCCGACGGAGAGAGCGACCAGGCCUCCGGGACGUCCUCUGACGAAGUGCAGUCGCCAACGGGAGUUUGUCUCAGGAACCGAGGCAACAGGAGAAUCUCCGCUGAGGAUUUGAACAAGCGCCUCUCUUUACCGGCUGACAUACGGAUACCGGAUGGAUACUUGGAGAAACUUCAGCUCAGCAGCCCUACAUUCGACCAGCCCCUGAGCCGGCGAUCGCGGCGUGCUUCACUGUCUGAAAUAGGAUUUGGGAAACUAGAGACUUACAUCAAACUGGACAAACUUGGCGAGGGCACGUACGCCACUGUUUUCAAGGGGAGGAGUAAACUGACGGACAACCUGGUAGCUCUGAAGGAGAUCAGGCUUGAGCAUGAAGAGGGGGCGCCCUGCACCGCCAUCAGAGAAGUGUCGCUGCUGAAGGACCUGAAACACGCAAACAUAGUGACGCUGCACGACAUCAUCCACACUGAGAAGUCGCUCACACUGGUCUUCGAGUACCUGGAUAAAGACUUGAAACAGUACAUGGACGACUGCGGGAACAUCCUGAGCAUGCAGAAUGUCAAGAUAUUUUUGUUCCAGAUCUUGAGAGGUUUGGCAUAUUGUCAUAAACGGAAAGUACUACACAGAGACCUCAAACCCCAAAAUCUACUCAUCAAUGACAGAGGGGAGCUCAAGCUGGCAGACUUUGGCCUUGCCAGGGCGAAGUCAGUGCCGACGAAGACCUACUCGAACGAGGUGGUGACGCUGUGGUACCGGCCCCCUGACGUGCUCCUGGGCUCCUCCGAGUACUCCACUCAGAUCGACAUGUGGGGUGUGGGCUGUAUAUUUUACGAGAUGGCUGCUGGCAGACCUCUGUUCCCAGGCUCCACUGUGGAGGAUGAACUGCACCUCAUCUUCAGGCUGUUAGGCACGCCCUCGGAAGAAAUCUGGCCCGGGAUUUCAUCUAUUGAUGAGUUUAAAUCGUACAAGUUCCCCAAAUACAAAGCACAGCCACUUAUAAACCACGCACCAAGGCUGGACAACGACGGCAUCGACCUCCUGAUGUCAUUCCUAAAAUAUGAAUCAAAGAAGAGGGUGGCGGCUGAUGUGGCCAUGAGGCAGCCGUACUUCCGGAGCCUGGGGCCCCGUGUGCACACGCUGCCAGAGAACAUAUCUAUAUUCACACUGAAGGAGGUGCAGCUACAGAGAGACCCAGGCUACAGGAACGCCUCCUACCCAGAGUCAGGCACUGGGAAGAACAGAAGACAAAGCAUGCUGUUUUAG